GCCGCGCGCUGUAUUUCGUGGUGGUUGAUAUCGACCCGGCAGCGGAGGGUCGUGGCGAGUCGGGGUUCGCAUGGCGCAAGCCUGGACGGGAUCGAGGGCGAGGAGGUGAACGGAGGUGGCGGCCGGAGAGAGAGUGGCUCUCCUCGGAGGAGCGAGGAGAGAGCGCCGGCAGUAGUAACCCGGCCAGUUCCCCGCGCGCGGGUGCAGUCGCAUCCGAAAAGCCGUGUGUGUGAGAGUGCGUGAGAGAGAGUGCUGGGCGUGCGUGUCCUGGUGGUGUUCGUCGACUCUUGGAAACCGCCCUAGCCGGCAGAAGGAGCGCAGCCCAGGCAGGAGAGUCCUGGCAGGGGGAUAGAGGACCGGAGCAGCUGCGGAAGGCUGCUCUUCGGGGCGCACAGGUCGCGGAGAGAGCUCUCACCUGGAGCAGGGUCCUCCGGAUCCUCGGUCUGGCUAGAGACCCGAGGCGAUGUCUCGGAGACAGGCUCGAAGCGACUCGACACGGUUCCGAUGCGCGUAGGCUCGCCGGUGGCGGGGACAUGCGAAGACUGUGAGCGAUACGCUGGCGCCAUGUCACGCAGACUAGAGACCUCGAACGAGGAUUCGUACCUGAGCGCGGGCAGGCCGUCGAACCUCCUGCGGACCAGCUUCAGCAGCGCCAAGCUCGAGUCCCUCUACAGGGCCUCGUCGCUGCAGCAGAGGCGAGGCGGCCUCGAGUGCUUCCUGGUGUCGGCCCUGUUCUACGGGGCGCACACGAUCGCCUCGCCGGGCCAGGAGCUCCUCGCCCGAAGCCUCACCGUCGUUUUCCUCGUGCUGAACCUCGGCCUCCUCGCCUGGGCCAAGCACAACCCUCGCGCCAAGGACGCGCUCUGGUCCGUCGUGCCUCACGUGGCAUGGCAGCUGUCCACCGCUCAGCUACUCGCUCAGCUGUUCCUCAAGUCCGCCGAGGUCACGCCUAGGGACGGCCUAGGCUGGCUGUUGCUCCUGCUCUAUCUGCUGUUCGCCACCCUGCCCCUCAGGCUGUCGCUAUGCGCCCUCCUCGCGUUCAGCACCGCGCUCUCCUACGUCGUCGCCGUCGUCGGGCUGAACAAGGCACCCGCGCAGAUAUCCAUCGAUGUCCUGGUCCUGACGGUGACGUUGUCGCUCGGCGCCAUGUUGCUGGGCGUCUCCAGCUACUCUUUGACGGAGUUCCAGCAACGUCGAGCGUUCCUGGAGACGAGACAGAGCCUGGAGGUGCAGCUGGUGAUCGAAGAGCAAAGCGCCGAGCAGGAAAGGCUCCUCCUGAGCGUCCUUCCCGAGCACGUCGCUGUAAAAAUGCGGCAGGACCUCGGCGCCGCGAUGGACACCCAGUUCAAGAAGAUCUAUAUGUCCAGGCACGAGAACGUGUCGAUCCUCUACGCCGACAUCGUCGGUUUCACGGCGAUCUCGUCGACGUAUAGCGCCAGCGAGCUGGUCAAGAUAUUGAACGAGCUGUUCGCGAGGUUCGAUCAACUCAGCGAAAGAUACGAGCAGCUGCGAAUUAAGAUCCUGGGCGACUGUUACUAUUGUAUAAGUGGAGCGCCGGUUGAGAGGCCCGAUCAUGCUGUACUCUGCGUGUACAUGGGACUUUCUAUGGUUGAUGCCAUCAAGUACGUCCAGCAAACGACGAAAAGCCCCGUGGACAUGAGGGUGGGCAUUCACACCGGCGCAGUGCUGGCUGGUGUUCUUGGUCAGAGACAGUGGCAAUUCGACGUCUACAGCAAGGACGUCGAACUGGCGAACAAAAUGGAGAGCAGUGGAAUGGCGGGGAGAGUGCACAUCUCGAACGCGACGCUCAGCUUCCUGAACGGGGAGUUCGAGGUCGAGCCGGCCCACGGCGAGGACAGGGAGGAGGCGUUGCAGAAAGCGGGCAUCGUCACCUACUUCAUCGUCAGGGCAUUGAAACCGUUCAAACCUGCCGUGACCAAGAGCCUCGCGUCCUUGACGGACGCGGAAGACACUAGGAAAACGAUGGACACCAGGAACAACAAGGAGGACUCCGAGGAGUUCAGGCAGAGGCUGCGCAAGGAGCUCGAUAGCAAAGGAGGCGGAGCAGACCUGAAGGGGCACACUCAUUGGUUGACGCUGAGGUUCAAGGACGAGAAAGUGGAGUACCUAUUCCAUCACGCCGAAGAAGCCUUCUCACCUUUGUCCCUUAUCGGCGGCCCGUUGGCGAUGAUCUGUGCCGCUCCGGUUUGGAGGUUUCAGCCCUGGGGACCGUUCACGUGGGGCGGCUUGGGGGUGGUCGUGCUCUUCGGGGUCGUGUUGGCAGGUGCCACCUGUUUAGGCGGCGCUGUCAAGGCCAUGUGGCUCAGAACCGCCCUGGCUUUGCUGAUGACGUUCUCUCUUGGGGUGUUCUUGCUGCUGGACAUGAGCAACUGUGUGGUGAUCCAGGAGCCAAUCCCCGUUCUGAACGCAUCUGUGACCCCAUCGCCGAGGUGCCCGUACCCAUCCUACUACUCCUACAUCGGCGUUCUCACCCUGGUAGCGAUCUCGAUGCCGACCUACAUCUGCUACCUCGGCAAGGCGACUCUGAUGUAUGGCAUCGCAGGCUUCCAGUGCUUCAUCAACAUCUGGCUACUCGGGCCGCGGUUGGACUGGGAGGAUCAUGCAUCCUCGCCCCUCGACCCCACGACCUACCCCUCGAAAUGUUGCCUCUCGACGACGCUGCUCAUCAUAGCCACUGCUCUGGUCAUCGUGGCGAGAUAUGCGGAGAAGGCACGGAGGAUGCUGUACCUCCGUGGCCGCGAGGUGGUCGAGCAGCGGGAAAGGGUGGCGGACAUGAAGCGUAGAAAUGGCGCCCUGAUAUACAACAUACUUCCGCCCCAUGUGGCCGCCUAUUUCCUCAGCAGGGCGAGACACCACGACGACCUAUACAGCCAGAGCUACUCGGAAGUGGGCGUGCUGUUCGCCAGCAUGCCGAACUUCGCGGACUUCUACAGCGAGGAGAGCAUCAACAACCAGGGCCUCGAGUGCCUCAGGUUCCUCAACGAGGUCAUCUCAGACUUCGACGCGAUUCUCGACCAGAACAAGUUCAAGAGCAUCAUCAAGAUAAAAACGAUCGGCUCGACGUACAUGGCAGCAUCAGGCAUAAUGGAUACCGAGGACACCGAGGAAACGCCUAGAUGGGGUCACCUGUCCACUUUGGUGGAGUUCGCUCUGGAGCUGAAGAAGGCUUUGUCCAGCAUCAACGAGCAGAGCUUCAAUCACUUUGUCCUGAAGAUGGGCAUCAAUCACGGCCCGGUGACCGCCGGGGUGAUCGGCGCCAGGAAGCCUCAUUAUGACAUUUGGGGGAACACGGUGAACGUCGCCUCCAGGAUGGAGAGCACUGGGAAGGUCGGCUGCAUCCAGGUGACAGACGAGACCAGGAGGAUCCUGGAGCCGUUCGGCUUCGGGUUCGAGCAGCGCGGCCUGGUGUUCGUGAAGGGCAAGGGCCAGCUGCUGACGCACUACCUGGUCUCGAAGGACGGCGUGUCCUUGAACCUGGACAGCGACUUACCCGUGGAACCUACGCACCCGAUCAUCUACCAGUAGGCUACUACUCGAAGGCUCUAACAAAACAAAAACGUCAACGCAAGAAAUCUCUUCCUCGUUCAUCGAAGGAACACCAGCGUCGCGACGAAAUGUCCUCGCCGUUCCAGGCGAGCCCAGCGAAGUGAGAAUGGCACGCACAAGAUCACCGGACUCGAAUCAGCGAUCAGGACGGAGGUCGACGAAGAUCGGAGGACAGCGGAGCCAGGGACAGGCUGAGGGAUCCAGGGUAGCUCUGGAUCGAAGAUUCGAUCGGAUUCGCGAGGGGGGGGGGGGCGAUAGAAAUUUCGAGAACACGCGGAUCGAGGAUUCAUUGAAAGUAGAGGGGAUCGACGGCGAUCUGGACGCGGCUGGGACAGGAUUACCUAGAUCCGGGUGCCAGACGCGAUUUCCAUGGACGAUCGGUCGAAUUCGAUUCGAGGUUCAAUACAGUUCCUUUUUUCCGGCUGCGAGAAUUGUUCGGCACGCUUCCGGGACGCGAUUAUGGCAGUUCCGACGGGGGAGAACGAGCGACGCGACGGGGAGAAUCAUGGCCGCUGUUCGUUGUUGAACGUCGGAGGAAACGAGAUCGAGCGAACCGUGUUCAACGGAGACGAAGUACAGGGUACAAAUUGAGGAUUAAGUAGGCUUAGGGAUCGAUCGGACGGGAGAGCUCUCGGAUCCAGUGUGGGGGUUGCCGGGAGCGAUCGACGGGGAAAACGUUCUUCGAACUAAUUCAACUAAUUUACUAAUUUUAUCGGCGACCCGGGCGUCGCGCGUUGUCUUAACUAGGAUUAGGUCUUUAAAAGUGUCCUAUUUUACAUAGAGAACGGGACGAGAGCAUGGCGGACGGCGGCGCGAAUCGCGCGACACGGACAGAAAGCAGCGAGACGCUGUCGAUUUCCACGAGAAAACGGCCGCGUAGAACCGUGAUCGAUGGAUCGUCGGGGCUGUCUUUCGGAUCAUCGCACCUGGGCUCGCGAGUUUUUAAUCGAUCCGUGGCUGGCUUUCGAGCACCCUUCGCCGCGCAGACCGAAUGUUCGACGAUAUUCUCGUUAGGAACUGCUCGAACGUUCCGAACAAUAAAUUUUAGGGUUAUCGAGCCUGCGGAUUUGAACAAAUACACUGUCCAGUUUGUGCCCUAAA